CCCGCCUGCCUGUUGUCUGCGUGCUCGCUAAGCACCGCCCUGCUCCCUCCGCUCGCCUGCUGACUCUAGGCUCAGCGAAGACGCCCUUAGCAACACCACACAGCUGCGUCGAAUAAGAUACUCCUACCGCAGGGAAGACGGAUUAAACACUGCCGCUUUAUUGUACUGAGUACAGGUGGAGCUUUCCUGCGAAGGCGAUGCCGCGGUUGUUUCUGCAGUUAACAUGGGGCUUGAGUACAGCUAGCGAGCUAGCCUAUUUUGGCUAGCCGUCCCCGAAGACCAGCGAAGCAGCCCCAAGCUGUCCCGAAGGAGGACAAAAUCCUGGGGGUUCAACGAGUGCUACCAUCGCUGUUUGCUAACUACAAAGUCAGCUAACCGGGAAUAAGCACGGGAAUGGUGCUCUGGAUCGACUCACUGUACCGACAGAGCAAGGCGAGGGGCACACGGGUCAGACCACCAAGCUGUAACAUUUGGACUCAAACUAUUUUUAACCGAGGGAGCGGCUCUCGGGCGGACGAGUGUUUUUGUGGCUGUGUGAGCUAGCUGGCUAGCUAACUGAGGGAAACGACCCCCACCGCCUGCUCAGGUUUUUCAAACUGCAGCCAGGGCUAAUGUUAGCCAGGGCGAGUGUGAGAGCUGCACACUGAACAUACAACUCUGUGGUUUUAUUAAAACAAGGAUAAAUUGCAGUCAAAGCCAAGAAGAAAGCUAGAUAACCCCAAGGAGAAAAUAACUUGAGUUCCAUCGGAACCACAACUCAAGGGCUCUCGGACUCCCACUUUUUAGCAAACGGCAACGUUUAUAAAUGCUAUUAGCUAAGUUUCUCACGUGACUGUAGUUUGAAUCUUUGUUUUCCACUUUUUUAUUCGGGAUUUUCUUUUCACUUCGGAUGCUGGCAUCACAUAUUAAUUGCAAUCAUGAUGAUAAUAAGCAGAAAACCAGAGGGCCCAAUAGCAACAGCACGGCAUGGCGAUGGUCUGUAUGACUCGUACAUGAGGACAGACCACAUCCUUAAAGACGAAGCGGAUACAAACAGUCCGUCCGGGCUGCCCCCUGUGCCCAAACACACAGUUGUCAGCAACAAGACUGUAAUGAGAGAUCAGGUAACUGUGCGAGGUGGCCAGCUGAAGGUCAAGUACCUGUAUGACGACUCCACCAACAACCGAAAGAUCAGUGCCAUAACCACAGCAACCACCCAGAACAGUGGGACCACUGGUCAGAUGCCCAGUAAAGCUGCCCCGGUCUCGAGCCUGUCCAAGGAGCGCAGUAUAGAUAGCACUGAAUCCAGUAAGGGCUCCAGUGAAUCCUCUGGCCCACAUGGAGUUGGGAAUGGAGGGAACAGUGGGAAGCUGUGUGGCCCUCUCACUCCUGAUCAGGCUCUGAGACUGUACCGAUCUCAACUGACCACCCUGGAGCAGACAGAGAUCCACUCCUACCCAGACAUCUACUUUGUGGGACCCAAUGCCAAGAAGAGGCCUGCCGUUGCUGGAGGCAACAACAACUGUGGCUACGAUGAUGAGCAGGGAGGAUACAUUCAUGUCCCCCAUGACCACCUGGCUUACCGCUACGAGUUCCUCAAGAUUAUUGGUAAAGGUAGCUUUGGCCAAGUGGCUAAGGUAUACGACCACAAACUACAGCAGCACCUGGCUCUGAAAAUGGUGCGCAACGAGAAGCGUUUCCACCGGCAGGCGCAGGAGGAGAUCCGCAUCCUGGAGCACCUGCGCAAGCAGGAUCGUAAUGGCACCAUGAAUGUUGUGCACAUGCUUGAAAACUUCACCUUCCGCAACCAUAUCUGCAUGACCUUUGAGCUGUUGAGCAUGAACUUGUAUGAGCUUAUCAAGCGCAACAAGUUCCAGGGCUUCAGCCUGCCACUGGUCAGAAAGUUUGCACACUCCAUUCUGCAGUGCUUGGAGGCACUGAGCAGGCACAGAAUCAUCCACUGUGACCUAAAACCAGAGAACAUCCUCCUCAAACAGCAGGGACGCAGUGGCAUCAAGGUGAUUGACUUUGGCUCCAGCUGUUUUGAACACCAGCGGGUGUACACCUACAUCCAGUCUCGUUUCUAUCGAGCUCCAGAGGUGAUCCUCGGUUCACGGUACGGCCUUCCUAUUGAUAUGUGGAGCUUUGGCUGCAUACUGGCUGAGCUGCUAACUGGCUACCCCCUGUUCCCCGGCGAGGAUGAGGGUGACCAGCUGGCCUGUGUCAUGGAGCUGCUGGGCAUGCCUCCGCAGAAGAUCCUGGAGCAGGCCAAAAGGGCAAAGAACUUCAUCAACUCCAAGGGCCACCCUCGCUACUGCGGAGCCAACACCCUGCCCACUGGUGCCACUGUGCUGACAGGGUCUCGCUCUCGCCGUGGCAAGAUGAGAGGUCCUCCAGGUAGCAAGGAGUGGAGUGCUGCGCUCAAGGGCUGCGAGGAUCCCACCUUUACUGACUUCAUAAAAAAGUGUUUGGACUGGGACCCCUCGUCUCGCCUCACCCCUAACCAGGCCCUCAGACACCCUUGGCUGUAUCGGCGCCUACCCAAGCCCCUACCUGGGACCGAUAAGAGCCAUGGGGCCACGGUGAAACGACUCCCCGAGCACCACAGCACCUCCUUCCCCUCUAUCCUGGCCAAAGGGGGGCCUGGCUUAGGCACCAUAGCUGCCAACAACAAACUGAGGAGCAACAUGAUUGGAGAUUCUGGGGAGGCCAUACCUCUUCGCACGGUCCUACCUAAACUUGUCUCUUAGAGAGAGAGAGUCCUGUAAUCUCCUCUUUCCUGCCACUUCUUCCUCCUCUGCACUCCUCAGGAGGAAUCAGAGUACAGGAGAAAGUGGAGCCUAGGUUUUAAAACUUGUUUGGUUGUUCUUUUAUUUGUUUUCUACUGAGAAGUGUCGACACCCCAGUUCCUGGUUUUUAAUACUAGCUGAACAGAGAGAGAGAGAGAGAGAGAGAGACAAUAAAAUAAGUUUUUAUACAAAGGAUUUCCUUGAGCGGCUGUGGAAUUUCUGUAUACAGCCAUUGAUAAGGUUUGAUUUAGAUAAUGCUUUUUAAAAACUUUGUUGUGUGAGUGGACAGCUUGGUAAAUGAGCAAAUGUUUUUAACCUGCGUGUGUUCUCACAUGAGUGUUUUAGCAAAACACACUCAAGCACACCUGCACUGUCACUUGCCUCACUUCACACUCUUUAACACCGAGUACGCCACCCUUUCUUGGCAAGAGAAACUUGAAAAGGGCUACAGAGAUUAAAAGAGUUCAGCCAACAUAAUUUAAUAGGAAAAAAAUAAUCAUGCUCCCAUGAUUGGACCCUAUACACACUGACGCAGUUAUCCCUCAUCUAUACAAAAUGAAUGCCUUCACACAGGUAAUGAGGGAUUGGCAUUAUGUAGUGAAUAAUUAGGAAAACAUUUUUUAGCAAUAAGUCUUCACUUCUUUGUCUUUUCUAAUUGCGCUCUUUUUCCUAUUUUUCCUUAUCCCUGGUGCUUGCAUGUCAGCUCAAUAUGUGACGUUAGUAUGUGUGCGUGCUUUGUGGUGCUACUGUGGGAGACAUUAAGAGGGCGUAGGACAACCUAUUUACAGCCCCCUCCUGCUCCUAACUCCCCCAUUUGAAUGAAAGGUGGGAGGGUUGGGCGUACAGUAGCGCCACUCGAACUGUCACAAAGGUAUCACCGUCACACUUGGUACUACACAAUGGGGCUGGCUCACAUAAACAGAAAGUUGGCUUUGGAAAGUUAAAGUUUGCAUGAAUGUCACCUGCCCACGCCCCUAGUUGGCAGUGGUGCAUUAAUCCUAAUGUAAGAAUAGUGCAAGGUGAGAGAUUAUGGGAUAAAAUGAAGGGCGGUAUGUUCAAUAUGAGCCAAGUUCUUUUUUUCUUUCAGGGGGAGAUGCAGAAGAGUUGACAGGACGGGUGACAAAGGAGGGUUUUUAUUGUACUGAAGAAAGAAGUGUUUCUCAGGGAGACAUACUUGAUACAUCCCUUAAUCUUAUAUUAACUGUGUUCUACUUACAGUCCUCAGUCCCGACUAUGGAUGAACAUGCAUGCAGUUCUGUCCACUGAGAGCGAGAGAGUAUGUAUAGAGUGUUUCUGCGAAGGGGGUCUGCAUGCUCCACAAUCUGACCUAGAUUCUCUCUCCUCCCCCACAAUCUCUUUCUCUCUCGUUUUCCUCACUCAUAUAGGGCAGGGACCCUCUUAAACUCACACAUAGUGUCAUAUAUAGUGAAUUAUGGUGCUGUCCAAAACGCGCACACAGACACGCACACAGAGACACGUCAGGUGCAUGUUGUAUGGACCACACCGCUCAUCGAGUUCUUUCUCUCGUCCCUCGUUUCCUUAAGUGAAACUGUCAGGGAUUUCUACUCUGUCUCCGUUUUUUUUUAUAGAAGUGGUUUCUAUUUCUAUUCAGUCCAGAAUAUCAGAGGAUGUAAAAUGCAAAAGCGGAAAAAGAGAAAGUUGUAUACUGUCAUGUUGUACUAGUGGUGUGCGUUAGUAGGAGGGUGUUUGGUGUUCUAGCAUGAAAUCACAACCUGUUUUCAGACUGAGUGACUAUGAGAAGAGAAACUGUACAGUAACCAAAUGAAGUUGUGAUAGUUUCUUUUUCUAAAGAAAAUAAAAAUUAUUAUUAACUGAAA